AUGGACAAUACCACCAUUGAAUCCGGAGGCUUCUUCCCACCAUCUCUACCAUCGCCAGCACCUAGCAAUACAUCCAUCAGCUCCACAACCUCCAACCUACCCCACCCCCGCGCUCACCCUUUACGAGCUGGCUCAGCCAAAGAAGAUGCAGCAAGACGAUACAUCGAGAGCAGAUUACUGCAUGUUUCGAGAAGAUAUACGAAGAAAUUCCAGCUGCUAGAAGAGGCCGAGGAAGUUCAUGGGUAUGAGAGUAUGAGUGAGGUUGCCAAGGAUCUAGGGGAUGUGGUUGAUGUAUUGUGGAUCUCUGGUACUCCUAGUUUACAGAUCCCAUAUUUACUCAAUGUGGCCGGAAGCGUGACUUCGUAUCUCCCAGCAUUCCCGCCUUCACCAACAGCUACUUUCAAGUUGCUGAGGAAACUAGAUCAUGCUUUUGCGAGUUUGAUCAAGGGUGAAGAUAGUGAGACUGGAGAAUCUUUACCGGGUUUUGAGGCUGGGAAGAGGGCGGGGAUGAGUAGGACUGAUAUGGUCAGGUGUAAGAGCUUGGUGGAAUCGACAAGGGUUCUGAUCGUGGAGGUUAUGAGUCGGGAUCCGGAGAUUGAAAAAGAUACUCCCGAGCAGAGUGACAUGGAGACCGAUGCCAUGAGUGUCGAUGAGAAUGAUCAUGGUGAUGGCGUCGAGGAUGAGCAUGACAUGGACGUUGCGAGAGUUUAUGAGGGAACAAUUGUUCAACUUGGUGAAAUACUAGGUGAUGCAUUUGGUCUUAAAAGCUGA